AUGCAACCAGUCACCACCAUCUCUGCCCAAGCUUCUCAAAAGGACAAGUCUUCCGAGAAGAAAGACAACUAUAUCAUCAAGGGUCUGUUCUGGGAUCCUGCCUGUGUUAUCGCUUAA